CGCAGUCGUUGGCGACACGACGACGCUUUCCCUCAUUUCUACCCCGUCUGUAUUGUUUUCUGCGGAGGCGCGACCUUGUCGCCGCUGAAGCCUAUUUUUUCCACGCGUCAUGACGAUGAAUAGGAUCAGGGGUGCCUUUGCGGUGCCGAGGAAAGGAGAGACGUUCGAGUUGCGAGUUGGUCUUGUCUCCCAAUAUGCCUAUGAACGGAAGGAGUCGAUUCAGAAGACCAUCAUGGCCAUGACUCUGGGCAAGGAUGUUUCUGCUCUCUUCCCCGACGUUCUCAAGAAUAUUGCGACAAAUGACCUCGAGCAGAAAAAGCUUGUGUACCUCUAUCUUAUGAACUACGCCAAAUCGCAUCCGGACCUUUGUAUCCUCGCUGUGAACACGUUUGUUCAAGACUCUGAAGACCCGAAUCCCCUCAUUCGAGCGCUUGCAAUCCGUACGAUGGGAUGUAUCCGGGUGGACAAGAUGGUUGACUAUAUGGAGGAACCGCUUCGGAAGACUCUCCGGGACGAAUCGCCGUAUGUUCGCAAGACUGCGGCUAUUUGUGUGGCUAAGCUGUUCGACUUGAAUCCCGCAAUGUGCCUGGAAAAUGGGUUCCUCGAGAUGCUCCAAGAGAUGAUUGGCGACCCCAAUCCAAUGGUGGUGGCCAACUCCGUCACUGCCCUGUCGGAGAUCUACCACGCUGCUCCGGAAACUCAGGCUCUUCAAGUGACAGCGAAUACCCUACGGAAGCUUUUAAUGGCCCUGAAUGAGUGUACUGAGUGGGGUCGCGUCACCAUCCUCACGACUUUGUCGGAGUACAGAACGAGCGCUGUAAACGAAGCGGAGCAAAUUUGUGAGCGAGUUGCGCCCCAGUUUCAGCAUGCAAACCCCAGUGUGGUGCUGGCUGCGGUCAAGGCCGUCUUCCUCCAUAUGAAAAUUAUCAAUGCUGAGUUGUCCAAGAACUACCUGAAAAAAAUGGCCCCUCCAUUAGUGACCCUCGUUUCUUCUGCCCCCGAAGUUCAAUAUGUCGCUCUGCGGAAUAUCGACCUUCUGCUACAGAAGCAACCGGACAUUCUGAAUAAGGAACUCCGCGUUUUCUUCUGCAAGUACAAUGAUCCUCCCUAUGUUAAGUUCCAGAAGCUUGAGAUUAUGGUACGGAUAGCCAAUGACCGCAAUGUCGAUCAGUUACUAGCAGAGCUGAAGGAAUACGCCCUGGAGGUGGAUAUGGACUUCGUGCGUCGUGCUGUUAGGGCUAUCGGCCAGGUUGCCAUUAAGAUCGAGAGCGCUAGCGAGAGGUGCGUCAAUACAUUGCUAGACCUCAUCAAUACCAAGGUCAACUACGUGGUGCAGGAGGCCAUUGUGGUGAUCAAAGACAUUUUCCGGAAAUAUCCUGGUUACGAAGGCAUCAUCCCCACGCUCUGCAAAUGCAUUGAUGAGUUGGAUGAACCGAACGCCAGAGCUGCACUCAUCUGGAUUGUGGGAGAGUACGCGGAGAAGAUUAGCAAUGCGGGGGAUAUCCUGGCUGGUUUUGUUGAGGGCUUUAACGAAGAAUUCUCUCAGACCCAGUUGCAAAUCCUGACGGCUGUCGUCAAGCUCUUCUUGAAACGCCCUGAUAAAGCUCAAGGACUGGUCCAAAAGGUGCUGCAGGCGGCAACAGCUGAAAAUGACAACCCUGAUGUUCGUGACAGGGCCUAUGUCUACUGGCGCCUGUUGUCCAACACCAACGACCCCAACGCUGCUAAGAACAUCGUGCUCUCCAAGAAACCACCAAUUAUCACCACUAUUCAUUCACUCCCCCCUGCUCUUCUUGAACAGCUUUUGGGUGAACUCUCUACACUGGCAUCUGUCUACCACAAGCCUCCAGAGCAGUUUGUCGGCCAAGGCCGAUUCGGUGCUGAUGCCGUUCAGAAGGCGGCUAUUGAGGAGCAAAUUCAAAAUGCCCGCGAAAACCCAUUGGCUGCCGCUACCGCUGCGGCCGUUACGGGUGCCCCUGCGCAAACCCAAAGCAACGUCGAAAACCUCCUGGAUAUUGAUUUUGACGGCACGGCACCAGCAUCAGCUCACAAGGAGCCGGGUGGCGGUAUGUCCGGUCUUGAAGGUCUCGCGGGCACUCCUGUUCGGGUCGAGUCUCCCGCAGUUGGUGCCCCUGCAGCAGCAACCAACAAUCUAGAUGACCUCCUUGGUGUCUUUGGGGAUGGCGGUGCCAUGUCCUCAGCGGGUGCAAGUGCGGCUCCUAAUGGUGGUGCUGGGGCUGACCUCAUGAACGGGUUUGCCGGGCUCGAUCUUUCCGGAAACAGUAUGUCCCCUCCGCCAGGAGGAAGCCAGCCCAAGCAGACCAACGAGGACAUCAUGUCCCUGUUUUGAGUAAGGGGAGCACAAACAUCUUUCUUGGCCAAGAAAUGUCAGUUCUAUAGCUGAAGAAAUAUCAGCCAAGGGGACCCACAAGAUGGCUGUAAUUCGAAAAUACAGCCUCCUAAUCUUAACCAUUCAAUCAUCACACGCUUCCACUGGUAUGCCUCUAUUCACUUCCUGCCACAUGUAUGUACCUUUUUGUAUAUCGCAUUCC